GUACGUUUGAAAUACCUGCACCCCGGCGAGAUGAAAUCAGAAAGGCAGGAGGCUGGCCAAUGCUCAGCCUCACUGAGCUGAGACGCAGAUGUUCAUCGGCUUGCUUGUCAGACGGGGAGGGAGGCUCGGUAAAGCGGCUCGCCUGCCCUCUCCCGACCAUGCACAACAGAUCCUGCUGCCCCAUCCAAGGAGAUGCCAUUGCCCGAGUUAUGCCCCCUUUGCUGAUUCUGGCCUUCGUGCUAGGAGCCCUGGGCAACGGCCUGGCCCUGUGCGGGUUCUGCUUCCGCAUGAAGUCCUGGAAGCCGAGCACCGUCUAUUUAUUCAACCUGGCCGUGGCAGACUUCCUCCUCAUGGUCUGCCUCCCUUUCCGGACCGACUACUACUUGAGAAACAGGAGCUGGAACUUUGGGGACAUCUUUUGCAGCGUGGUGCUGUUCAUGCUGGCUAUGAACCGGGCAGGGAGCAUCGUCUUUCUCACAGUCGUGGCGGUGGAUCGUUACUUCAAAGUGGUUCGCCCGCACCACGUCCUGAACGCAAUCUCCACCAGGACAGCGGCAGGCAUUGCCUACGCCCUCUGGGCCAUGGUCAUCGUGGGCACGGUGUACCUGUUGACGGAGUCCCAUCUGUGCGAGCGAGCCAACACCAGGUCGUGUGAAAGCUUCAUCAUGGAGUCCUCUAACGGCUGGCACGACAUCAUGUUCCAGCUGGAGUUCUUCCUGCCUCUCGGUAUCAUCUCAUUUUGCACCCUCAACAUCGUCUGGAGCCUGAGGCGGCGGCCCCAGCUGGCCAGGCAGAACAGGAUGAAAAAAGCUACUCGGUUCAUAGUGGUUGUGGCCGUCGUCUUCAUCACGUGUUACUUGCCCAGCGUUUCUGCACGACUCUAUUUUCUUUGGACAGUGCCCUUCAGUGCCUGCGAUGGGGAAGUCCAUGUGGCUCUCCAUGUCACCCUCAGCUUCACCUAUAUGAACAGCAUGCUGGAUCCUCUGGUCUAUUAUUUUUCCAGUCCCGCAUUUCCCAAAUUCUACACAAACCUCAAAAUCGGAGGCCUCAGAUCCAAGCGCCCAGGAAACUCAAAGAUGCAGAGUACCGAAGGGAUGCCACAGAUGAAUCUUGGUGGAGAGAACUGCAGAUGUUUGGAGGGAGGCAUCCAGGGCACUCCAGGCCCCUCACAGGGACUGAAGAGCAACUCUGGCUAAAAAAGAUGAGAGGACAGAUGGAGGGUCUAGAAACAAUCUGCAGCCCAUGGUGGGGUUCGAAAGCAUCACUGUCACCACCAUCACCCCACAGGCUCGGUAUCCUCAGUAUUCUCGGUAUCCUCGAUAUCCUCCUCCUCUUUCUAAUGGCAAUGAAUUUUGUUUAAUUUGCUCGUUGUGCCGUUCUGGCUGAUCUAAGUGAGUGUGGGUUGUCUUUAAAUGUUUUACUUCAAACACCAGGUUCAUGUUGGUAGAAUGGGUGAGGGGAAAGAUGGCUGGGGGGAAAGAUGGCUGGAUCUGUGUGUUUUUGAAAAGUUUUGUAAAUUCCACAUCUUAUAUCUCCUAAGUUCCACGCCACAACUUUCUUCCCACUUCAGCGCUGAUGUACAUAUCACUCUAUUAUAGCCUCCUAUUUGUAACUUGCUUUAGAGUCUGUUACUUCCGCUAAGAUGGUCAGGAAUCACGUCUACUAAUCCUACUGUACUCUCCCAAAAGCUCGCUACAGUGCUCAGCACACAGUAUGUGCUCA